AUGGCCGAAACCGUUGCCGAGAUCGACACCGGUGGCAAGGGUCUCUUCUCCCUCGUCGAGGCCGCCGCCAUUUCCCACCCCGUUCCCACCAUCGGCGAAACCUCUGCGGACAUGUCCUUAGCCCCUGGCAGCUUCAACGGCCCCAGCAGCCUGGGCGGUGCGUCCAACAGCGUCGGGAGCACUUCCAAGGCCCACGCCGCGAUGAAGCACCGAAGGUUGUCGUCCACGGGCCAGGCGCGGAGGCGGAUGAGCGACGCCAGAGAGGCGAAUAGUCGGCCCUCUCCUGCGAUGUUGCACAAUGCCGCGGCAACGCUCUCCUCCCUGGCGGCGCUUUCGCUCUCCGGGUCUCCGCCCCCGCCGGGCGUCCCGCAAGCCGCGACGUCGUUCACCUCGGCAAGCGGGACGAUGGCCUUCGAACCCGUGCCGAAGGUCGAGGCGAGAGAUGACGAAAUCACUCUGGAGGACACGUUCGCGGCGUCUGCCGCGAAAGCGGAGAUCCAAGCUGCCGGGAUCAGUGUGUCCAAGUCGGGAAAGAAGAGAGGGACCAUCUUCAAGUGUGAGAGCUGCUCCAAGGUUUACCGUCACCCAUCCUGUCUGAUCAAGCACCGUUGGGAGCACUCUCCACACUGGCGCGAGGCUUCGAAGUUCCUUCUCAGCAAACAUCAGCAGGUCCAGUUGUUGGAGGCAGCAGCUAUCCUCUCUCACCUCGCGCCCUCCGCGUCGGGAGGCACAUCGCUCCCAGAAGACCGCUCCCUUUGGCCCUCCUUCCUCUCCGGUGGUCUCCUCCCUCCUCCAGACCAGGCGAACCUCAUCCACGAACCCCGCCCCUCGAAGCCACGCUCGGUCUCUAUCUCUGGAUCACUCGAGCACAGUUUUACGCACCCUGUCUCGAGCUCCGUUCCCGCGCCCUCUCUCCUCUCCGCCAGCCUCAGCACAUCCUCGGCACCCGGCUUCGGCACCGUCUCGUCGCGCUCCGGUUCGCGCUCUGGCACCGCAACCAGCCUCGGCCGCUCCCCUUCGGCCGGCCCGCGCCUGCACAACUACGCGCUGCCCUCCUCCGGCGGAGGUCUAACGCACGUCCGCCCGGGCGUCGUUGGCGUCCCCACCGACCCCACCGCGACACCCGAGCCUGACCCCGCCCGCAUCCGCCAAGGCUUCCCAGGCCCUCCGCGGUCCGCGCCCAUGCCCGUCCCAGGAGGCGCGCGGCACGCCCCGCAACAACCGGACGGCGCAUACUCGUUCGUCAGCGGAGCGUCCGUCUCGGACGCGUGGGGCUCCCCGGUGUCCACCUCGGGUUUCGCGCAGUCCUCGUUCCGUUCGUCUGUCGGGUCCACAUCUGGGUACUCGGCGUCGGCGAUGGGCCGCUCGUUCUCGGACGGGUGGAGCCUGCCGCGGUCCUCGGUGCGUUCGGGCUCCGGGUCGGGCGGGGGCUCGCGCAGCCGCAGCGGGAGCGCAGACCAGGAGGUCGAGAUGGGUGACGCGGACUUCGUCGACGGCGACGAGGGCGUGCGCGCGGGCCGGUUCGGGUUCACGAGCCGUGGAUGGAAGCAGGCCGCGGACGAGAAGAUCGAAGAGGAGUGGGACGGGAUGGAGAUGGAGAUGGAGAUGUAG